GAAGUGGGAGCCGGGGUAGUUACAGGGAGGCACCAUACCGCCAUUUUCCUGCUGCUUCCAGUUCAUUUAAAGUUCCCUGGUUGAGUGAUCAAGCUGUGGUCAGGCCGUUGUAAGCGAGUGGGAAGGGGUGACGAGAGGUAUCAUCGUUCGUGAAUUAGCCACUUGAGAAGGGGUGGAUUAGGGAGAGGAGUAACUCGGCCCUGUCCUGGUAUAUUAGCUGCUUAUUCGUAUAAUUUCGGUUUUAGGCUGCAGCAGUUAAGGGAGGAUAGUCAAGAUGUCUGGGCAGAGUAUCACUGACAGGAUCGCAGCAGCCCAGCAUAGUGUCACUGGUUCCGCUGUCUCUAAAACCGUUUGCAAAGCUACAACUCAUGAAGUGAUGGGACCCAAAAAGAAGCAUCUGGACUACUUAAUCCAGUGUACCAAUGAAAUGAAUGUGAAUAUACCACAGCUGGCUGAUUCUCUCUUUGAAAGGACUGCAAACACGAGUUGGGUGGUGGUGUUCAAAGCACUUAUUGCAACUCAUCAUCUUAUGGUAUAUGGAAAUGAGCGCUUCAUCCAGUACCUUGCUUCUAGAAAUACACUGUUCAAUUUAAGCAACUUUUUGGAUAAGAGUGGAUUGCAAGGGUAUGAUAUGUCAACAUUUAUAAGAAGAUAUAGCCGGUAUCUCAAUGAAAAGGCUGUUUCUUAUCGACAAGUUGCUUUUGAUUUUACAAAGGUGAAAAGAGGGCCUGAUGGUGUAAUGAGAACAAUGAACACUGAGAAACUUCUAAAGACUGUUCCCAUUAUACAGAAUCAGAUGGAUGCACUUCUUGACUUUAAUGUUAACUCAAAUGAACUUACAAAUGGAGUAAUAAAUUCCUGCUUCAUGCUUUUGUUUAAAGAUGCUAUUAGACUAUUUGCUGCUUACAACGAAGGAAUUAUAAAUCUUUUAGGUAAGCAUUUAAUUUACUAUUAG